ACUCUGAUCGCUUAGCUAUCAUUCAGUCGAUAAGUAAACAAUUCCCAUACGGUGAAUUCUGUUGUUUAAAAUCAACGCCAGUUUAAAUGUCUCGAAUAAAACAAAUUUUUAAAAAGCAACCUUAAUAAUUAUUGUUUUUCCAUCAAUUGCACGUAAUAAGUAAUACUUAAUUAACUAUUUUUUACACUCUAAAAUGUCAAUCUGCGGCAAAGUUGUUCGGUUCGGAAAUUGCAUAACUACUGGUAAUUUUUACCUUGCUAAUGUUAGCCAAAGGUAUUUGUCUCACUAUCCAAUAGACGACAACUUGUUCGGUUUGAAUGAAGAACAAAUUCAGCUUCGAAAAACAGUCUUUGACUAUGCACAAAGCGAAUUGGCUCCGAAAGCGGCUGAAAUUGACAGAACUAACACUUUUAGUGAUCUUAGGAAAUGUUGGCGAGAACUGGGGUCGCUCGGUGUACUGGGAAUAACAAUACCUACCGAAUACGAAGGCACCGGUGGGAGUUACAUGGAUCACGUCAUAGCGAUGGAGGAAUUAUCCAGAGCAAGCGGAUCCGUAGGGCUCAGCUACGUUGCCCAUUCGAACCUGUGCAUGAACCAGAUCCGACUUAACGGCACGCACGAGCAAAAAACCAAGUACUUGCCCCCACUGUGCCGAGGCGAGGCUGUCGGAGCACUGGCCAUGUCCGAGCCAGGUUCGGGGUCCGACGUGGUCUCCAUGAGACUUAAAGCCGAACGCAAAGGAUCGCAUUACAUACUCAAUGGCAACAAGUUUUGGAUCACCAAUGGGCCGGACGCCGACGUGCUAGUGGUGUACGCCAGAACAGACCAGAAAGCAAAAAAACAACACGGUAUUUCAGCGUUCAUCAUUGAAAAGUCUUUUGAAGGAUUCAGCACGGGCCCCAAGCUCGACAAACUCGGAAUGAGAGGAUCCAACACGGCCGAACUGAUCUUCCAAGACUGUAAAGUUCCCGUUGAAAAUCUUUUGGGAGAAGAGAAUAAAGGAGUGUACGUUCUCAUGUCUGGAUUGGACUUGGAACGGUUGGUGAUCGCCGCCGGUCCUGUAGGGCUGAUGCAAGCGUCCGCAGAUUUGGCGUUUGAUUACGUGCAUUCCAGGGAACAGUUCGACAAAAAAAUCGGAGAAUUCCAGAUGAUACAAGGUAAAAUCGCAGACAUGUACACGGAUUUGAGCUCCAGCAGGAGUUAUCUGUACUGCGUGGGAAACGCGUGCACGAAGGGACACAUCAGCAGUAAAGACUGUGCCGGAGUGGUACUGUUCACUGCCGAACGGUCUGUCAAAGUGGCCCUAAACGCCAUCCAGUGUUUAGGUGGAAACGGUUACAUAAACGAUUAUGCUUCCGGCAGACUGUUGAGAGACGCCAAGUUGUACGACAUCGGGGCCGGGACCAACGAAAUCCGAAGACUGGUCAUAGGAAGAUCGCUAAACAAAGAGUAUUCAUAAGGAACGUGUAUUGUACAAAUAUCGCAUAAUAAUAUUAUAUUCAUUGGCACAAGUGUGUGUGCUGAAAGGAAUGCUCCAAUUGAAUGGACGCCCGAACUCGACUCGUAUUGCAAAAAAAACUUGACUAUUAAAAUAUAACCAUUAGAUGUUGGUUUUUUCAGAAGAAAUGUAAAAAUUACGAAAGAAUGAUUAUCUGAAAUAAAAUUUAACUAUAAACUG